AUGGAAAACGUGUACAGAACCCAGAUCUCCCGUGUAGAUCUAACUGGUGGAGAGGAAUGCCGAGUGAACUCCGUCAGUCACAGAAGGCCCUCCGGAGGCUCCCUCCUGACGGAUGUGAUGCAUCAGAAUGUAUUUGAUUAUAUACAUGUGGAGGAGCGGCAGGAGUUCAGAAGACAGCUCCACUGGGCCAUGAACCCCGGGUCCCAGGGGGCAUCCCUGGACCAGCACUCGGCCACAGUAACUGAUGAUGACUUUGUGAUGAGCAGUCUCUUUAACGCCCUGGAGCCUGACGGUGUUCCUCUAGAGCUCACCUCUUUCCUGACUCGCUGUUUCAUCGCCCGGGUCCGCUGCUUAUUGGAUAGCACCUCAGGCUUUCUGAGCAUGCAGUUCCAGGGCAGCCUGAAGUUCCUGCAGGGCCAGAAGAAGAAGACAGAGUCCGGGGCACUGCUGCCCCCCCAGCUGGCCCUGUUCUGUGUGGCCGUUCCCCUCAUGAUACCCUCCAUCACAGAGCUGAAGAUGAAGAACAUGACGGCCAGGAGCAAGAACAAGGGCCCCGUCAUCACCACACUGGAUAAGCACAGCACUACCAGAGAACCCUGCCACUACACCCCAUGGACACCCCUCUCCAAAGACGGCACCAGGUACAAGAACGACAGCUACUACACCCAGGAGGAGCCCCUGAACUUCUGCCUAUCCUCCAUGAGUGGUGGGCCCAAACCUCAGAGCAUGGAUCAUCCAUGGGACAUCCGCACAGGGUCCGCCAUGCGAAAGGGCCCCAGCGGCACCUACACACCAGGCAGACAAAGCAAGUACAAUCACCUGGGGAAGACUAGAUCCUACAGGAUGUCUCCAGGAUAUCACGCUAACAGACAGGACGCAUCUCAGAACAAGCUGUACGGAGGCCUCCACAGCCCUGAGGUGGAGAGCUACUGCGAAGAUGGCAUGAAGACAGACAACAGGUACAUGGGCGGCCAUCUUGACUGUUACAAUGGCAUGGUGUUGCCUGAGACGGCCAUAAAAACAGAGCAGGACUCUGACUCAGAAAACGGUUGCAAUAUCUAUGGCAUGCCCCAAAAUAGAGCCUGGGUGGGGAACGAAAAGCGCUACAUGGGCUACUCAGAAGAACCACAAGUGAAGUCAGAGGCUGACUACUAUGAACAAUACACCACCUGCCAAAAGAACAAGACCAACAUGAGCCCAAUGCUCAAUGGACACCAUAAAUACUUAUAUACAGUGGGGAACAGGGCUCAGAAGGAUCACAGGAUACCACACUCAGACUCUCUGUGUAGCAGUCAGGGAGAAAACUGUAUGGACAUCAGUGUAUAUGGCUACAUGGAGCAAGACAACAAACUGAACUACGAGUUCAGGAAUCACCUGGUCCACGCUAUAAAGAGGGAACCCAUGGACUCACCUCCAUGGUCUGACAGUGGUCAUGACAUUAGCCAAAUACCCAUGCAGAGAAAUAUGAUUCCCAACUCGUCAAUGAAUGCUAUUGUAUACAAACCAAACCCAUAUAUCUACAUGCAAUGAGCUCAAGGGACAAUCUUAAAAACCAUCUGGACUCCACCUUGCUUCUUUAUUGUAUUGAUUCUUAAAAUAGCAGGGUGGGUUUAUACUCAACUCAGGUAAUCAACAGUGUUACAAAGCAGAAAGAUAUGGAAGCAAUGGAGAGAUGUUUUUAUAUGACAUGAAUAUGACAUGCAGAACCUGCUGCAAUUCAUAUGAGUUCUAAAUUUGUUUUUUAACACAUUUCAUAACUUCUCGUUUUUAAACCAAGCCAUGUCACCCGUCAUGUCAAAUUAACUGUAUUUCUAUUCAAUGCAUUUUACAGCAAAUGGAACAGAAAAUACAUGCAUUGAUUAAUUAAAUUGGGGGCUCCUGAGUUGCGCAGCUGUCUAUGGCACUGCAUCACAGUUCUAGAGGCAUCACUACGGACCCUGGUUCGAUCCCGGGCUGUAUCACAA